AUGGACGACGAAACGAAAUCGCUCUACGAAGCCAAGGCCCGGGACCUGCGCGCCGACCUCAAGCGGUGGGAGAGCAGCUGGGCCCAGACGCACGGCGGCAAGCCCGGCCGCCAGGACAUCAAGGACAACCCGGACAUCGCCCAAAAGUACAAAGACUACAACAAAGUCCGCGAUGUCCUCGCGGGCAAGCUCUCGCCCGACGAGGCGCGGAGUCGCAAACGCAAGCCGGCAGGCCCUCCGCCGGCGCAGACACCCGUCAAGCGGACCCGGCACGUCGAGACGCCCUCCAAGCAGCGCCCCGACGAUGACGGGCUCAUGAACACGCCAGCCAUCUCCCGCAAGCUCUUCAGCCCAGCCCCCGUGACGACCAUCGGUCCGACGCCGCAAAAGGACGGCCGCGUCCUCGGCCUCUUCGACCUGCUGGUGGAGCGGGAGCUCGGCACACCGUCGCGCAAGGACUCGAGCCCCAAGACGGACGGCGGCCGGAUCCCCAACGUCCUCGCCACGCCGAGCAAGCGCAGCUCCGCAGACGACGCAGACACGAGGCUCGGCCGCACGCCCAUGUCGUCGAGCAAGCGGCAGCUGCUCAACACCUUCAUGACGCCGCUCAAGCGCCGCCGCCCGAGCGACGCCGCAGCCACGCCCUCGUCCGUCUCCAAGCUGCAGUUCGACACGCCUGCGUUCCUGAAGCGCCACUCCCUGCCGACGGUCGACGAGACGGCGGCGUUUGACGCGCCCGCGCUGCGCCUGCCCCGGAAGCCGCUCGUCCGUGGCCUGAGUGAGAUUGUCGCCAGCCUGCGCAAGGUGGAGGAGGAGGUGCUCGACAACGACGACGACAUGGAUGCGCUGCGGGAGGCCGAGGGGGCGGAAUCCGGCGUGAGCAGGCCGCCCGCACCGCCCAAGCCGGCAGAGGACGCGGGAGACGAGCCGGCAGCGGCGCUCCUAGGCGGCUUCGACGACGAGGGCAUGUACGACAGCCCGGUGGAGGACGCGGUGGACCGCAACGGCAACCCGCUGCCGGUGUUCAAGAAGAAGGGGCAGAAGCGGACGACGCGCAAGGCCAACAUGCGGCCGGUGCGGGCGAAGCGGCCGGCGGUGGACGCGCCCGGGCAAGGCGGCGAGGUGCACGGGAUGGACGAGCCCGGGGACGACGAGUAUGCGGACGCGGACGCGGGCGCAGAGGAACCCAAAAAGGCCGCGCGCAAGGAAGGGCCCGUGAAGAAGACGGUGCGCAAGGUCAACGAGCUGGCGCACGCCAACUUUCAGCGGCUGAAGCUGCGCAACUCGGGGGCCAAGGGCGGGCCAGGGUUCAACAGCCGGUUCCGUCGCAGGCGAUGA